CUGGUGCAGUUUCCCCCUAAAACGACGUUGAACUUCUUCAACUCAGCCCACCUCCACUACCAAGCUGUUCCGUCAUUACCGUCAAGCCAUGGCCAGCGUUUCAAUCCCCUUGUCUCUGCCUAACCUCAAUCUCCGCCGAGUCAACCGAUUCUCUGGUAUGGCUUCCGCAAGCGCAAACCGAGCGACGACGGGAGUUAAGAUCACGGAAGGUGUAGGUAACUUGCCCAGAGUCGUCCUCACUUCUCCUCACGGCAGCGAGGCGGAGAUUUACUUAUACGGAGGGUGCUUGACGUCCUGGAAACUUCCUGGCGGGAAAGAUCUUCUUUUCGUACGCCCUGAUGCUGUGUUCGACAAGAAAAAGCCAAUCAGCGGAGGCCUCCCUCAUUGUUUCCCACAGUUUGGACCAGGUGCUAUUCAGCAGCAUGGAUUUGCUAGGAAUAUGGAUUGGUCAGUUGUCAAUUCUGAGAAUGUGGAGGGUGACCCUGUUGUAACACUUGAGUUGAAGGAUGAACCUUACAGUAGAGCUAUGUGGGACUUCGGUUUCCAAGCUCUAUACAAGGUAAUGCUUAAUGCAAAGAGCGUUUCCACAGAACUUAAGAUUACUAAUACAGAUAGCAAGCCGUUCUCCUUUACGACUGCUUUGCAUACAUAUUUCAGUGCUGCUGUGACAGGGGCAUCAGUGAAGGGUUUGAAAGGUUGCAAAACAUUGAAUAAAGAUCCUGAUCCUAAAAAUCCUUUGGAGGGACAAGAGGAAAGGGAUGUGGUCACUUUCCCUGGGUUUGUAGAUUGCAUUUAUCUUGAUGCACCAGCUGAGCUUCAUCUUGAUAAUGGCUUGGGUGAUGUGAUUACGAUCAAGAAUUCAAAUUGGACAGAUACUGUGCUAUGGAAUCCACAUCUUCAGAUAGAAGCAUGUUACAAAGAUUUUGUUUGUGUUGAAAAUGCUAAGAUUGGGAGGGUACACCUAGAGCCCAGUGAAUCCUGGGUAGCUACACAACAACUUAGUCUCAGUUAAAGUUUCUAUUCAAAUUGGUCGACGAGCACUUUCACUGCAGUCUGCAGGUUCCUGUUUUUUAUAAACGUUUUCAGCCUUGUAAACAAUAAGAGCAAUAAUUUUACUCCUUUUUUAAAAUUCCACGCAGCCGUUUUAACUCGAACGAAUGCUUUGCCAUUUUGCCUUGUCCUCACCAAUAAUCAGCACAAGAACAUUUUCCAUCUCUGAAACAGUGGAAACGGGUUCUGUCCCGCAUGACAAUCUCCCUGUUAUAUAUCUUGGAAAUAAGUUUCAUCACAGCAUGACAAUCCUCACACACCCUAAGAUUCUUGAAAAUCCGAAUUCCUGUCCCUGGUUUAGUAUGAAUAAGGGCAAAUGCAGUAGCCAGCUUCUCACUGUGCUGACUAAUAGCAGUUUCUUUCUCAUUGUCUUCAAGAUCUAGCAAUAGCCCUGUUGUCACAGGUUUAUAGCCUUCUUGCUUCAGCCGAUCAGCUAUCUGGUGCCAUAUGCUGGAAAUUGCAUCUGCUUCUGGAUGGUUUCUAUCACCAGCCACAAAUUCAUGAACAAUCCCAUUCACACUGAUUGUGCUGCAUCCUGGUAAUUUUGACACUCCACCUGCUUUCAUCUUCCUUCUUGUUUCAGCUGCCAGCUCCCAUUCCCUUGCAGCAGCAUGUAUGUUUGCCAAGUGAAUAUACCUUCCACCAUGAUCAGGGUUCAUCUCAAUUACGAGUUUCCCUAUUUCCUUACCUAACUCUAGAUUUCCAUGUAUCUUGCAGGCUUUAAGCAGUGACCCCCAAAUGAUUGCAUUUGGUUCAACAGGCAUUCUCUUGAUGAGAUCUAUAGCUUCUAUCAACAAUCCGGCUCGGCCCAGUACAUCAACCAUGCAUCCAUAGUGCUCGAUUGUUGGACUCGAGGUGUGACCUUCAUGACCGUUCUUUAUUAUGCUUUUGAACAUCGAUUUCGCCUCCUCAACCAUUCCUGCAUUACUGCAAGCAGUCAGAAUAGCUGUAAAUGUGACUUGGUUUGGCGUGAUUCCUUCUGCUUUCAUUUUCUUAAACCAAGAAAGUGCUUCUCUUCCUUGCCCAUGGAUAGCACACCCAAAAAUCAUUGCAGUCCAUGCAUGAACACUUUUGUUCCCUACCUUCUCAAAAAUCUCAAGAGCUUUUCCCAUAUUGCCACACUUUGCAUACAUGUCUAUCAGAGCACACCCUAGCAUUGAAUCUAUCUUCAUCCCACUUCUGUUGAUAUGUUCAUGAAUCCAUCUCCCCUGAUCCAAGGCUCCAAGGUGAGAGCAAGCAGAAAGUGCACUGGUCAGUACGAGACUAUCGAGUUUCAUGUCUGCAGCCUGCAUUUUUUGAAACACUUCCAAAGCUUCAAUGUCAAACCCUGCCUGAACAUACCCCGAAACCAUUACAGUCCAGGAAAUUGCAUUCUUUGUCGGCAUCAUUUUGAAAAGCUCAGUUGCUUUCUUAAUCUCCCCACAUUUCAUGUACCCAUUUAUCAUCGUGUUCCAAGUAACAGUGUCAUGUAGGUUUGUUGACAGGUUAAAGAGAUGGCGUCCAUAGUUUACACCACCAGAGCUAGUGUAUGCAUGAAGAAUAGCAUUGGUGGCAUGAACUUGGGAGCCAAACCCUAAUUUUAUGACCUGACCGUGAAUUUGUCUGGUCUCUUCAAAAGCUGACAGAUUCGAGCAAGCUUUGAGCAAGAAAGGAAAGGUGUGAGUAUUACGUGGAACUGACUGAGUCUGCAUCUGGGUGUACAGAAUCAAGGCCGCCUCUGGUUCGUUGCUGUUGGCAUAUCUUCUAAUCAGAGUGUUCCACUUGAAAGUGUUCAAGACUAGGCCCGUCUUCAACAUGUGAGCUUGAAUUUGCUCCAGCUCCUCCGCACUUCUACAUCCAUUUAGCAGAGCUUCUGCUGUUAGUGGAACAUGCCAGGUUGCCAUGUAAACUGUUCUGCGGGUUGAUGGAUGUAUUUACAAAACAUCAUUUAUAGAAACCAAUAUUAUCGAGGCAGUUCAUUGUGUGUGGCUCAAAACGUUCAGUAGCUUUGGAUAAUGUUCCUGAUAAAUAUUUGACAUAACUCUCCUCUCAUUCACGGCUUC